AUGGUCGAUGCUUCAAAUGACCGUGUUGUUCCCGAUGCUCUCCCUCUUACGCCACAGGCAAAAACUCAAAAGAAAAAACGUCGAUCAAACAAGCCAAAAACUGCAGACUCGCCUGCCGAAGGCUCCGUCAUUGUUACAGAUACUGUUUCUGCUGCUCUGGUUCACAGAGCACCAGAAGAGGCGCAUGUGAAAGAGGGCACAGUUACUCUAGAACUUGUUGCACCUUCUGAAGAUCCGACCUUCGAUGAUUUAACCACCAAAUCCAGUCCGGUCGUAGAACUCCUCCAGAAACGCUUAAAAGCUUUGAACAAGAAGAUAGCCCGCAUAGGGAGUUAUGCAACAACGGAUCACGAAAAACUGGACGAUGACCAAAGGCGAACUCUGAGGACCCUCCCUUCGUUGCAGGCCGUUCAGAAAGAACUAAAAGACGUCAAAAAAUUAAUCGAGUCCCACGAAGCUGAUCUUGCACGCGAAAGAGCUGAAGCUCCGGCCUUCGAUGACUUGGCCACCAAAUCUAAUCCGGUCGUAGAACUUCUCCAGAAGCGUUUAAAAGCUUUGAACAAGAAGAUAGCUCGCAUAGGGAGUUAUGCAACAACAGAUCACGAAAAACUGAACAGUGACCAAAGGCGAACUCUGAAGACCCUUCCUGCGUUGCAGGCCGUUCAGAAAGAACUGAAAGACGUCAAAAAUUUGAUCGAGUCCCACGAAGCUGAUUUUGCACGCGAUAUAGCAGCAGGACGUGGUGAGUGUUCGGGAGUGGUAGGCGAUGAUGAGGAAGAUGAGGUUGAGUUCGAGUAUAUUGCUGUGACCGAUGUCCAUAGGGAUGAGGAACUUGUUGAUUAA